AGGCAGAAGCCGCGCAGGGUGGCACGGUGGGGCCGUGGCUGCUGAGGGGUCUUUUCCUGCCGGGGGGGCCGGGAGCGGCGCUGAGGCCGAGAAGCCUCAGCCCCCUCAGUCAAUGCACAGCAUGCCAUGGGAACUUCUCUCAUCUCUGCUUGCUUUUAGAUUAUGACAAGCUCGGUUCGCCUAUUUUGGAUCUUGGUUUGGAGCCUCAGGAGGAUCCCCGAGGCAGUGUUGGUGAAGUGCCUCCGUGGAAUCCUGCUCCUGAGCCUGCCAGCAUGGGUCCCACAGGUGCAGUUCUCGCAGGCACUGGCUACUCGACACCUCAGCUUGAUGUGGUCCACGGGCCUCAGCCCAAUCCAACAGAAGUGUCCCCAGGGAGGGCUUUACCAGACCCUCGGCUGUUUCCUGCGUUGAAGCCCAGCUGGUCUCGCAGGGGUCCUCUUAGAAGAAAGGGAAAAGCUGAUUUAAGAAAAGCUUCCCCAGCGUCCUCUGACAUCAUAGAGGAUAUCGUAAAGGAGUUAGCGAAGGCAGCACCUGGGAUAGCCAGAGAGACAGUGCCCAAGGAGGUACUCUGGAAAUUAAACAGUCGCACGCUGCCACUCUCUGGCAAGAGAGCAAAGGCAACGCAGGCAACUGCCACGCCAGGCGUGGAUGAGAACAAGGCGAAAACCACAGAGCCCCCAAACUACCGCCGGUACUGCAUAGAAGGGGCUGCAGCGUUCUUGGUUCCCCUCCUGCUUGGCACAGUUGCCUGCUGUGUGCUGAUCCGGCGUUGGAGGCAGAAAAAUCGGCGCCUCGCCGCAGCCCAGGCAGCCCAGAGCUCCUUGAGGCCAUCCAGGAGGCCUGAGCACCGCCUGCUGUCCAAACCACGCCUGAUCUCCCACCCGGGUAGACCUGCUGUCCUAACAUCGCUCAUCUGGGUAGACCUGCUGUCCGAACCACCACCAAUCUCCCGUCUGGGUAGACCUGCUGUCCUAACCACAUCUCCAAUUGGGUAG